GAAUUAGUAAUUAAUAGUGGAGGGAGAGGCAGGUAGUUGCUUGUGGUUGUGGAGGAAGGAGCAACAGCACAGCACUUUACCAGACCUUCAACUUGGAAAUGAAGAAGACGGUGUGCGUUACCGGAGCAUCCGGCUAUAUUGCUUCUUGGAUUGUAAGAUUCCUGCUCCACCGCGGCUACACUGUCAAAGCAUCUGUUCGCGACACCAAGGAUCCGAAGAAGACAGAGCACUUGCUUGCGCUCGACGGAGCCAAGGAGAGGCUUCAGUUGUUCAAAGCGAAUCUGCUCGAAGAAGGAUCAUUUGAUGCUCUUGUUGAUGGCUGUGACGGUGUUUUUCAUACUGCUUCUCCAUUUUUCAUGGGAAGUACCACAGAUCCGCAGGCGGAUUUCAUCGAUCCUGCAUUAAAGGGGACACUGAAUGUUCUUGGAUCAUGUGCUAAAACGCCCUCUGUUAAGAGGGUUGUUUUGACAUCAUCUAUAGCUGCGGUUUUUGCCAAUGGUAAACCUCGAACACCUGAGGUCGUAGUUGAUGAGUCUUGGUGGUCGACUCCGGAGUUUUGCGAACAAGCUCAGCAAUGGUACAUGCUCUCAAAGACACUGGCUGAGAAUGCUGCCUGGAAAUUUGUAAAAGAAAAAGGCAUCGACAUGGUUGCGAUAAAUCCGUCCAUGGUAAUCGGCCCACUGUUGCAGCCAACUCUUAACACGAGCAGUGAUGCAAUCUUAAAGCUGAUAAACGGCGCUGAAACAUAUCCGAAUAUGACUUCCGGGUGGGUCGAUGUAAGAGACGUCGCAAACGCUCACAUUCUAGCAUUUGAGAAUCCUUCGGCAAAUGGAAGAUAUUGCACGGUGGGAACUGUUUUACACUACUCUAAACUCGUCGAUAUUCUGCUUCAACUCUACCCCAAUGCUAAACUUCCCGAAAGGUGCGCAGACGAUAAGCCAUUCACGCCUACGUACCAGGUUUCGAAAGAAAAGGCAAAGAGCCUCGGCGUCGUAUUCACCCCUCUUGAACAGAGCCUUAAGGACACUAUCGACGACUUUAAAGAGAAAGGCUUUCUCAAAUAUCCAUCUGCAUUUUGAUCCUCCGGAGGACUCGAAAGAACUCCGGCAGCUGCUCGACUACUGUGUCUCGCCAAGCAUGACGACGAAUUCCCAAUGUCCCGCAAUGGCGAAACUUCUCCAAUAACCCGGCUUGAGCAUUGUUUAGCUUUUGCGCUACGAUUUUCCUUCAGUCGAUGAAGGAACAUUUUCUUCUCCUUCGCUAGAUGUUUGCCUAAAGAGAUGGGAGCUCGAUCUUUAUCGAGUGUUCUUUCUUUGUGUUCUUCGACGGCAUCCCCGAACUUAUUGUAGUUCUCGUCACUUUUCUUCUUCA